AUGGAUCUGUCAUACUUUGACUACGUGAAAUAUUUAUCUCGGGACCAACCCGAUCUGAGGCCCUUAUCCGAGUUUCUUACCGGCCCUUGCCAACAGCCGGAUGUUGAGGAAGUUGAGUGUCACGUUGCAGGCCUAGAGUUUCGUAGCGAUGGAACCACACGCUACUCUAGGAUGGGCACUGACAAGCUGAACGAUACGGCUUCAAGAUUCAUCGCAAAAGAUAUGUCCUCGAAUGCCGUUGGACUUUGUCUUCUUGUAGAGGAUAUUGGCCCUAGUGCCAUGGAGACCCUGGGUGGAAUCCUGGAUGUCGACCCUUAUUUCUUCUGUGGGCAUAUUGAGAGGAGAUUCGUAGAUAUCGAGAAAGACCCGCCAUCAUCUCUCAUGACGUCUAUUCCGUCUCGUAUCGGCUCCCAGAGCUUCGCGAACUUCCACUACCAGCGACCGAUCGAUUUAGGAGAACUGGAUGCAUACCCUAGCAUCCCACACGAUCUUCGUCUCCGCGGUAGUUCUACGCGACCUCGUCGGGCUCUCCCAGAGCUCUUUGGAAGAUAUGUUGGACUCAUUCGCUCAUGCUUCUCUAUACUAUAUAAGAAACUUGACGGUGAUCGAUGGAUCUUUGACGAGUUUAGGAAGAUAUACCCAGAUAAAAAGUCUGCUAUAAACGAACAUGUUAGGAAGGUCAAGGAGAUACUCGAGGAUGCGACCAAGUCUGGAGCAUUUCGAGCAAUCCCAAUUACAACGAGAAUGAAAGAAUUCGACUCGGCACUGAAUUCCCUUCGAAGAAGGCAAGCUGCUAGAUUCGAGCGAGAGGAGCUUAGGAAGCGAGUGUCUGACGGAGGCGGGAACUGGGAAUUAUAUUGGAAACGACGUGGAAAGGAGCAGAGAAUCAACGACUGUGGCCCGUUUGAGGACGUUGACAGCAUGUUGAACGCUCUACACGAUUUUGGCGGCGCGAGAGUCUGUGUUUAUUUCCCAGACGAUGUUGAGAACGUCAUAUCGUUUCUCAACCGAUCCGAACUUAUUAAAGUUAUACAUAUCAAUCGCAAGACUCAAGGGGCUACAGACAUGGACGAACUCAGGGAAUAUGUGGAGAUGUUAGAGCAGCAGUCUUCAUCACCUUCGGAUAAAACCUAUCAAAAACCAGAGGAGAAAUCAGUCACGAGUGGGAGGCUAUUUCCAGGAUAUCGCGCAACUCACUUGGUCGUUGAACUGCUGGGAGAUGCAGUCCCGGAAUGGCAUAGAGGCUCUCAUUAUAGGGUCGAGAUUCAGAUAGGCACCGUGGUAAUGCAUGCUUGGUCACAGAUCGAACAUGACAUCAUUUAUAAAUCUGGAGGUAACGAGCCUUCGGACGAGGAAAGAGGAAUACUAGACCUGUUUAACGGAAUCGUCAUAGCGGGGGAGGCGGCUCUAAAGCAACUUGCAGCGUGCACUGCACGUAAGGAAAAGGACCGAUCCAGGGAUGACAGCGCGGCGGCAACUAAUCGUUAUGAAUUAGGCGCUUGGUUGGCUGCGUACUGUGAUGAAUACUCGCUUCGUCCUGGCGGAGCGGCAACACCGCCGGCCUGGAACGAACUGGACAAACUACUCGAUAUUCUGCGAUCGAGCGGAGAACAUACUUCUGGAAAGCUCAGAGAACUUCUACAAAAGGUCCGCGAGACCUCACAGCUAGAUUCUGAUGCUUUCGGUGACGAUCUACCUCUCUAUUUACUCAAGGCCAAAUUUGAUCUAGCUACUAAGACGACUCCACGAUUCUCUUCAGAGGCGAUACAAGAUCGGAAACAAAAAACAGCUGCAGAAGCGAGAUAUCUUGCUUCUCAAGUUGUUCAUUCCAUAAGCAUGGCUUCAUAUCUCGGUUUUAUGGAUGAAUUUCUCGACAGUAUUGAGAGUGCGCUCCCAAAUCCAAGCGAGCUUCCGCGCCCAGCUAACAUCGAAAAGGUGGCUCGUAAGAGCCAGUGGGCUGAUCUUGCUAAAUAUCUGAAGCCUGAAUACUACAUAGCCUUAGAAGAUUGCAACGAACCAUCGCAGAAGAAAUACACUAUCAAGGUCGGGGAAUUUCAUUUCACUAUCGAGAGCCGAGGGGAUAAAUUUCAUUUUCUAUAUGAAUCACGGCCAUUAAAGUCAGAUAUUACGGAUCGUCUACCGCUACCAACUGAAAUUUAG